AUGUCAUUCUUUAACAACUUCGCAGGCCAGCUUGAGCAGAAACUCGGCCAGCAGCUCCAGGGGCAGGGACUGCAGCAGCCCCACCAACAGCAGGGUGGCUACCAGAGCUACUCGUCAGCAUCCUCGACCCACUACCAGCAGACCACAACCACAACCCACCAGCAGCAGGGUGGAUACCAGCAAACCACCACCACCCAGCAGUACUCCUACCAGCAGUCGGGAGGCCGAUACAAGGCUCUGUUGAUCGGAAUCAACUACAUUGGUGGCAAGAGUCCUCUCAAUGGAUGCAUCAAUGAUGUCCAGAAUGUCCGAAACUGGCUUCUCCAUCGCAACCCAGCCUAUGGUCAGAACAUGCUUGUUCUCACCGACGAUCAGCAGGACCCAUCCAAGAUCCCAACACGCGCCAACAUGCUGAACGCAUUCCGAUGGCUCGCAGCCGAUGCUCGCCCUGGAGAUCACUUGUUCUUCCACUAUUCGGGACACGGUGCCACUCAGAAGAAUACGAACGGAACUGAAGCCGAUGGUACCGACGAAACCCUUGUUCCUGUCGACUAUGAGAGGGCCGGACAGAUUGUGGAUGACGACGUCCACGCUAUUCUCUGCAAGCCACUGCCUCAAGGCUGCAAUCUUGUUGCGUUCAUGGACUGCUGCCACUCUGGCACGGUGUUUGAUCUGCCGUACACAUACGGUGUUGAUGGCAAUCUUGACAUCACGAUCCGAGACAACAAGGCCGAGGCAGUCAAGCAUGGAACCAAGGCCGUAUUCGCCUUGCUUCAGAAGAAUCACGGAGUGGCCUUCCAGGAAGCCACCCAGGCUCUGAAGCUCUUCCUCUCUCCAGAGCAAGGCAGUACCGACUCUGCCGCGCUGGAUGCUGCGCGGCAGCAGUGCACCACCCGAGCGACCAUCGUCCAAUUCUCUGGAUGCCGAGAUGACCAGACCUCGGCUGACGCCCAAAUUCAAGGACAGGCCACCGGAGCCCUGUCGUGGGCCCUCAUGACUGUUCUCCAACGCAACCCAAACCCGACCUAUGCUGAACUGCUUCGCGAAACUCGCGGGCUGCUCCAGGGCAAAUACAGCCAAGUUCCGCAGAUGUCGACGGGAUUCCAGAUGGAUGUCGCCAACGGACGAUUCCAAGUUUGA